AUGUCCCCAUGGACUGACACAUCCUCUUCGGGCUUUUUGCUCAACAGCAGCCUCUUAUCCGGACGUGGUGGGCCAUUAUCAGGGCGCCCGCCUGCCUUCGGCCUAAAAGUGCAACGUCCACCACCAGCGGCCGCCUUCGUGGGUCCCUUAAUCCCGAAGCUGGUCAAUCAGGUCGCCAAGAUGGAGUUCAUGAGACGCUGCAGAGACGCCCCUGGCACCCUGGAGCAAUAUGAUUUCCGGGGGCUAGAAGCCCUCGCAGCCAGGCUCCAGAAGACCCCGGUGCAGCUCGCCGCCUUUAUGGCCAAAUACAACCGCCUUGCUUACGAUAAAAAAAAACAUAAUUUCAUCGAGAGCGUGGAAGUUGAUAUCCGCCUUAAGCCAGGAGCCACCCCCCGUCGCAUAGUUUACAAACAGCGCAACCUUAAACUAGUGGCGUGGGAGGCCGAAAUAUUUGAGCCGACUAUAAGCGAGGUCUUAUAG